GAACGGAGGGGACGCUCCCCCCCACCUCGCCGCCGCUUCAUUUCGCCACCGCGGGAACAAAGUGAGUCUCAGCAAUCCCUUCGCGCUCCCUCUCGGCGUCCUUCUCCUCGCUGCAGGCGCCCUCUUCUUUUCUCCUGCUACGGCUGCAACUCCAGCGUACCGGCCGCAGCAGGAAGAGCGGCAACGGCGGCGGCGGGCGUCGUUUCUCGUGUCCUGAAGCCGAUCGGCCCACAGUCAAUUGCAGCAGGGUGGGAGGGGCAGCCCGGGAAAGCCACAGCCCGACAUGGGUCUUCGGCGAGGUGGCUCCCAGCCCUCGCUGCCAACUUGGCCGCGGCGCGCCGCAGCUCUCCGGCUUCCAAGCCGCUCUCCCGCCUCUCGCAGCGGAAAUUGAGGGGAGGACCGGGUGGGGGGGUGGCCGCCGCCGCAGCUGCCCUCCUCCUGCGAGCGGGAAGGGGGAGUCGUCCCACUCUACUCGGUCCCUGCAGCUGACCCCCCCCCCUCCGCCCCGGCUAGCUGCUCCUUACGCGCCAGGCCCCGAGCGCAGCCCGGCGUCCCCUCCUUUCCCACUCGGAUGAUGGACAGGAACUACCCACCAGCCCCCAGCUACCCUGAUCCAUUGGGUUCGGCCGCCGCUGCCGCGUCUUCGCAGCCCGCCACCGUCUGGGCCUAUGAACGGGGCGUCAGCAGCCUCAAGCCCAGUUUAAACUAUGGAGGAGGACAUUCAUCACACUCUGAAGCGGAUCUUCUUAGACAAACAUAUGCAGCUUCUCAGCAGCUUCCUGUGUACACUACCACACCCCAUCCUUCUGGUCUUCCUGGAAUUUUUGAUAAUACUACGCACAGUAGCAAUAGCAACACUAAAGAAACAUCAGUUAUGAAUUUUCUCUCUGCAAUCGAAUCUCGCAAUACUCAGACUGUUUCUUCAGGAACAACACUUUUACCCCAAUUUAGGGCACCUACAUGGCAACCAGCAGGCAUGCAUUCAUCAUCUGAGCUUUUUGUUACUGGAACUCUGCCAACAUCUGGAACCUUUCCAUCAACUUCAGUUUAUCAACAUCCCAAUGCUUUUAGCAGUAGAAACUUUGUUACUACUCCUUCUUUAACACUUCAGGAUACAACUUUUAGUGCAACCUCAAAUGGGCUUCUAACUGCUCAUGACCCUUUAUUGCAGAUCAAGACACCCCAAGGCACAGUCCCCCCUGCACUGACAUUUGACCGUCUGGGCAGUUAUGUAUUAAGUACCAGCAUACCACCACAGUCUUCAACAUACCGUUCUGCUCAAGAGUCUGCGCCACAUCUCCUACAGCCGCAGUUCAGUCUAUUGCCUUCGUCACUUGGUGGAGGAGCUCAGCAGACUCCACAGGUGUAUAACUCAACUCUGUUUACUGGUUCUACUGCCUCCAUUGAAAGAGCACUGCAGCGUGAAUGUAGUGUAAUUAAACACCAUCAGCGGCCUUCAAACACACAGUCUGUUCAGGCACAACUGACUGGUUCACAGCAUUCCCUACAGAACUAUUUACCAAGUACAAAUGAAUCUGAUUUUCAGAAUGCACCCCGCCAAUCAACUUGUAGCCCAGCUGGCGAUGCUACUCAGGUGAGCAGUAGUGGUCCACAGCAGAAAACCUCUCAGGUUUCAGUGGAACUUGCUCAGUCGUAUGCAUCAGCAGUUCCGUCACCAGGUUUCCCAUCUGCUUCCACUACAAAAGCAAAACAGUGUUCUACAAAGCAACCAACAAGGUCAACAAAAACACCUAAACCGCAAAGUGUAGCCCCUUCUGUACAGACACAAAGCUAUUCCAAAAUUGCACAGAACCAGAACACUGUAAUAGCUAGUCAAGCACAAAUCUAUUCUACAGCACAGCUCCCAAGUCUCCUGUCAGUAAGUCAGUCACAAAAUUAUAUUUCAACACAGUCACAGAACGUGCCACCUGUUAGUCAUGCGCAAGUAUUCUCAGCCAUCAAGGUUGAGAAAUUACCAUUGUUAUACAAAACACUUUCUUUUGCUGGGCAAUCAGAAGUUACUACGUCCGAAAGCCAGUCACUACCUUACACUUCUGAUCAACAGGUAUUAACCUCAGUUUCAAAUACCUUCUCUGGGCAAACAAGGGAUCUUUCCUCGAGCAGCCAAUCUGAAAAUUAUUCUUCUAGUCAUUCUCAGGGUAUGUCAACAGUUAGCCAGCCACAGAUUAACUAUUCAUCUCAGUCACAGGUCUUGUCAGUUGUUAGUCCUUCAGAAACAUUUUCUUCUCAUAUUCAAAACUUAUCAACUACAAGUCCUCCCCAGAACUAUAUUUCAUUGCAUUCUCAGGUACAAGAGUCAUCCUCUUCACAAUCUCAAAAAUUUUUGCCAGUUGUACAGUCAACUCCUUUUGAAGUCACACCUAAUUCACCAGCAUUGCAGAACAACAGAUCUUCCUCGGAUACAAAGUCAUACAUUAAAAGGAAAUCUGAUCCUAAUUUGUAUCAAACAUCUAAACAAGACGAUCAGUUUCCAAUGCAUAAUUUUCAGGCACUGCAACAGCAAGCAUCUCUUGAUUCUUCUCCUCAGAGACUUACCGAUGGUGAGAUUAAUGCUCAGGAUACAACUUACAAAGUUUCCAAAGCAGAUAAUCGCUACUCUCAAAGUGUAAUCAGAAGUAACUCUCGUCUUGAAGAUCAAAUUGUCGGUCUUACUUUUCAAGGGUCAAAAAAAGAGGAAACCAUGGUUAACUCUGUAACACAAAUCAGCCAUAUUACCAACACACUGAAUCAUGAUAUUAAAAAAGCAGGUAGUUUACUGUCAACAGCACAAGUAAAUGCAGACAGUAAAGAACUUAGCCAGCAAGAGUCUCUUAUGCACAAGGUACAUGAAGUUAAAGUCUCAGAGCAACAGAUUCAUGCUGUUAGCUCAUCAUCUCAGCUUCAUACUCAGUCCGUACAACACAGCCAUCAGCUAUGCCUGCCUACUUCACAGGUACUUCUAGAAUCCCCCUGUGAUUUACAAAUGCUUCAGCAGUCAAUAUUGCAAUCUGGUUUAGGAUACACAAAAAGUGUUCCACAAGUACAGCACAUUAUGAAUUCUCAGCAGUAUCUACAAAUGGAUGGUCAUAUGAUUCAAGGCAAUGGAAGGCAUUCUCAGGAGCAGCUUCAUUCACAACACUCUGAAGUUUUGAAAGUUAACCUUUCUGAACCAUCAAAGCCAUUACAACAUCAUUUGACAUCCAAAGAUCAUUUUGGACAGCCAAAUCAUGAAUCUAAGAAUCAAUUUGUUCCCCUUAGUUCUGUAUGUUUUCCAGAAUCUGUACUUCUCAAUGAUGAAAGGAAUAUAUUGUCUAAUGUAGAUGAUAUCUUGGCAGCCACAGCUGCCGCUUGUGGAGUAACACCAUCUGAAUUUGCAAAAUCAACAGCCAAUGACGAAGAAAUUCAGUCAGUUGAAAAUGGAGAUAGUUCUAAAUCUCAGUUUCAUACAGUAGAUGUCAGACACAUGACUCCUAGCUUCAACUCAUCCCCUGCACUUUCUGGAAAGCCACUUAGUGUGGAUAAUAUUUCUUUAAAUGGAGGUCACAUUACCCUAAAUUUAACAGCAGUGCCUGCAGAACAGACAAAAGAUAGGAACCAGCAACACAUUGAGAUUUCUGCCCAAGGUAUUCCUACUAGAAUUACAACAGCUGAAAUUGAAAAAAGGCAGGAACAGGUUUCUGGUCAAGUUAAGCAACAGUCCAGCACUAGGAGUGAAUCUGAUGCUAAAAACAAUGUUCAUAUGGAUGGAACAUUAAACAUUAAAGACAUAGACCUUAUUUCAAGUAGUAGGAAUCUAAAUGAAGAGAUUGCAGUGUCCAAAACAGAUUAUAGCAUGGCAAGUGAGAAUGCUGAAGUUCCACUGCAACAAAUAUCUAUGCAGCAUCCAAGACAUGAAAAUGAUAAUAAUACUGAAGACAAGAGCCAACUUUUAUCAGAAGAGGACCCUCAAAAGCAAAAGGACAGAGGACAGAAUCAAAUUAAAAAUAUCAGUGAAGUUGAUACAAAUCAGAAGCAAUUGAAACGAAGUGGGCAGUGCAAACGUCAGAAUUCAAGAGGCAUUGAUGCCAACUCUCCUGUUCCUGAAAACUGUCAUGAAACUUACCAACAUCAAGAAAAAAUGAGGCAAAAAAUUAAAGAGGUGGAAGAAAAGCAGCCAGAAGUAAGAACAGGAUUUAUUGGUUCUUUUUUAGAUUUCUUAAAAUCUGGACCCAGACAGCAGUUUUCAGCACCUGCUAUUCGUGUUCCUAAUCGUGUAAGAAGACCUGUCACCCCACUUGUUAGACCACCUUGUCAGUUGCCAAUCUCAAAAGCGCAGACAGCAACAGCUACUACAUCUUUUGAUGGCUUUGUUGAAAAUUCAGUUAAGAACAAUUAUGAAGAUCCUAAGAUAAAGUCAGAAGCCCUGCCUUUUUUUUCUUUUGAUAAAGAUAAUGUGAGGAAUAACAAAGAUUACCACAAGAGCAUAUAUUCUCCAUUAUCAUCAUCUGAUAUAAAGACAAAGUCAGAAAUUGACAAAACAUAUUCUCAAACCAUCACUAAUACUGUCGUAAAGAAGGAAGCUUCCCAAAUGACUGUAACGUUGGCAGACGCUCAGGUGAAAACCUGUGUAGCACAAUUUGAAACGGAGAGUGUUCUUACAGAGCAGUUAGCAAAACCACAAGCAUUGGUUGCAAUAGAAGGAUAUAUUGAAGAUGACCAUGGAGACAGUGACGGCGAAGGCAUAUACAGAGAGCGUGAUGAAUUUGUAGUGAAGAUUGAAGACAUAGAACCACUAAAGGCUGCUUUAAAAAGAGGAGUGGAGCCUCCAGCCAUCUGGAAAGUUCAAAAGGCUUUGUUGCAAAAAUUUGUACCUGAAGUACGAGAUGGACAAAGAGAAUUUGCAGCUACUAAUAGUUAUCUUGGAUAUUUUGGAGAUGCAAAAUUGAAGUAUAAACGAGUAUAUGUGAAGUUCAUAGAAAAUGCAAACAAAAAAGAGUAUGUCAGAGUAUGUUCCAAGAAGCCAAAAAAUUCACUUGUACAAUCUGCAAGAAUUGCUCACUGUAAACCAAGCAUGAGCAUCACUAAAGUUCCGGAUUCCCCAGUGCCAAAAACUGUCACAACAAAAGUUACUUCAGUGAAACCCAAAGCAAAACAGUCAAAGACAAAGGCUGAACCACCACCAAAAAAACGCAAAACAUGGAAAGAAGAAUCAGCCUCUACUCCUCAGCCGCAGAGUGAUGAGGAAGACACUGAACCACCAGCACCUAUUGUUGCCCGCUUUUUAAACACCAGAGCUAUGAAGGAAACAUUUAGGAAUUAUAUGGAACUGCUUGUCAGCCUUGCCUUGGAUCCAGAUACUAUGCAGGCAUUGGAGAAGAGUAAUGAUGAGCUGCUUUUGCCUCAUAUGAGAAAAAUUGAUGGCAUGCUGAAUGACAAUAGAAAAAGGCUGCUUUCCAAAUUACAUAUAGAACGACCAUUCAAGGCUGCUUUGGAAUGUUUUCCCGAACUGACAGUAAUAAAUCGAGAUUCUAAAGCAAAAAUGGGGGUGAAUGCAGUUUCUAGAAUCAAGAUGAAUGGGAAAGCUUAUAAUAAGAAAACACUGAAAAUUUCCAAAGCAACCACAAAAUUAGCACAGGAAUUUACUAUAGAUCCAGAAAAAAUACCUUUGUGUUCUUUGUAUCAUUCACUCCAUCAUUACAAAUACCACAUGUUUCUCAGAUGCAAAGUAGAGAUUUCUUCCGUUCAAAAAAAGAAUGCAGAUCUAGGUCAAGAGGAAAUUGUACAGCAGUGCAUGAAAAAUAUAAAAUGGAUAGAAGAUCUCUUUGAAAAGUUUGGUGAACUUUUGAAUCAUGUUCAGCAGAAAUGUUGCUAACAAAUAUUUAUCCAAAUGUGACCUCUUUUUUUUGGUCCUGUUCUACUCAUCAAAAUAAAAGAAAAGGCUGAUAGGCUGGUCAUGCCAAGCUUUAUUCUAGGUCAAAAGAAAUCAUGGUAUUCUGGGUUCCUUGGAUUCUAAUAAGAAAAAAAAAUGCUGCCAAGCAAAUGGAAUUACAAACAAACCUGCAUUUUUUACUUGGAGAAUAUUUUUUCCUAUUUUGUAAACUUUUGUUUUGAAAUAACUUAGGUUUAUUUUUGACAAAUGAUCGAAGCAUGUACUUAAAUAUAUAUAUUUUGGCUAUGAUUAAAAUAACUUUUUAAAUAUCAUGCCAUUUUUUUUUACUCUGAACACUAGGAAAAGUCACAGUGAUGGUAACUGAUUGAGCUCAAGUAGUCUCUCAAACAUUUUGCAGAGAAAUCUUAAUAGGACAAGAAUUACUGUGUGAAUAAUCUCCAUCUUCAUUCAAGAAUACCAUUCUCCUUUAUGGACUCUAAUUACUGAUGUUAUGUUCAGGAAACUCAACAUGGAUUUGGUGCAAUCCUAUGACUGCUAUUUUGUGACAGAUUAUAUUAUAAUAAAAACAAUUACCUUAAUUAUUUUCCCUAGGUCUUGAGGAAAGACAUAUUUUUUCUUUACAUUUGUGUCCUUUAUUUUUCCCUUUUGGAAAGAAAUCAAUUGUACAUUUUAUCCCACAAAUAGUUGUAUUUUUCAGAGGAAAAAGUAUUGUGGCUUAAAAUUGUUUCAUGUACCCUUGUAAUACAUUUCAAUUGUUUUCUUGUUCAUUUUAUAUAUUAAUUUCAUAUUGUAAAGUAUGUAUCUUGAGAUUAUCUUUGCUUAUACAGGUUUGCUUCAGUGUUAACCAUGAAUGAGACAUAUUAAGACUUCAUAAGUUUGCUUUAUGUAUGGUUAUAUUGACAGAUUGCAACUUAUUUUCUGAUAAAUGAAAAAUGAUUUUUGUCUUAAAACUGCUUGAUUAAUAGAACAUGUCAAUAAACAGCUACUACAUUGGUCUUCAGUAAAGUGAGGAUUAGCAAUUGACCAGGCUAUAUGCAGUGUUGAAAACAACUGAGUUUUUUAUUUUUGUUAUUUAGAAUUGGUAAUGGCAGAACUGUUUGUUUCUUGGUGCCUUUUCAGAAUCUCAGGCAUCUUUUGUAAAUGACUUUCUCUGAUUAAUUACUUUUCAGUAGGAAUCAGUAGUCCCACUUAAGUUACAAAUAGGCUAUACUUGCAUCAAUAGGAAGUUUUUUUUUUAAUUUGCUAACAGAAUGCCUUACCUCAGCCAUUGAUUCAAUAUUUGCAGGACUUGUUAUUUAGAUUUUGUGAAAGUGAAGAUCCUGUACUUCCAUCAAAUAAUAUAUAAAAACAAUUCAUUUCUCUUUUCACUGCCACUUAGUGCCUUAAUUUCAGCCAAGAAAGCAGGUUUCCUCAUUCACUAGCCAAUCGGGAUAUUAUUAUAUGUAGCAUGAUGUAUUUUCUUUAGUUAUACAUGUGUUCAUGCACCUUAGAUAUGUAAAAUGCAAUGAAGGGCUGUUUUUAUGAGCAAUUAAACUAGGAUUUCAAAAUAUCAAAAGACAGCAUUUUGUUAUCUCGAUGUGUAUGUUACAUUGGACAACCUGUGUAUUUUCAAAAUAUGUUUUCAUGUUAUUGGAAGUAGUAUUCAUUUCAUUCCUCUGAUGGGUUCGGUCAAAAUACUGAUAGAAACUGGUAAUUGGACUUAAAGAUUCUAUUACUGCACUUGCCUUGAAAAAAGUCAAGUUGUGGUAUUAUAGCUAUGAAACGAGUUAACGCCUUGUGCUAAGAUUAAGCUGAAACAAAGAAAACUAUCAGUAUAUUAUGGCCUAGCACAAUAUGUUAAUUUAGUCCAAUUAUACUGUAUUUCCACUGAUCCUAUGGAAAAGUUAAAGAUACAUAAUUAUAUAUUAUUAAGACUAAAUCUUGAUUUCCUGCUUAAGAAAAAAUUGUCAAAUGCAUCUAGUUACAAGCAAUAAACCAGAAAGUGGGAACUUAGCAUAUGCAUAUUUACUGGAAAUAGAUAUACUUCAUUCUUACCUUAAAAUUGCAAUCUUAUAUUCAUCUGGAUACAAGUCCCAUUUAUUUAUAGGAAUUUUUUCCCCUAGAUCAGUAGGACAACAGUAUAUGAAAACUGUUCUAUAUUUUUUAAAAAUGGAACUUUUUUUUCUGCUAUAGAUGCAAUAGCCUACUUAUUUGGAAUGUGUAUUUAAAGAAGACAUAGCUUCCAUAUUAAUUUCUAAAACACCAGAAAAUAUUUCAGUUGAAGGUUUAUCAAUGUAAUCCAAAAAUAGUUCUUAUACCAUCAAUUUAAAACAUAUCUUGAAAAAGGCUUACAAAUAGAAGAUGUAGGUGGAGUAUGACUGGUUCAUCAAUUAUAACAUAUACUAAAAUAGCAAUUAAAAUAACACAAUGGACUUAGUUGAUAAAACUUUAAAAUAUGAUUUUUUUAAAUAUUUCACAGCCCUAUCAUUUCACUUCUCACCAAUUCUUAAACAUCUUUGAAAUUUGUAUCCAUUCAAUGAACUAAAGAGACUUUCAAGUUCUAAUUUCAGACUGCAGUCUUACAACAAACAGUCUAUUCAAUUUUAUUAAAACCAAUAGAACUUACUAUUGGUUAAUAUAUAUGUAACUAUACUGCUGUGUCAGAUUUCUGUUUUAAUUUUAGGUGGCAAUUGUCAAAAGAUGGGGAAGAGCUGCUCAGGAUUAUGGAAGUAAAUAUACAAGUUUUUGUGUUUUUAAUAAAUCAGAUUUAUUAAAAAGUUUCCUCCAAUUAAAAUGACCUCAGUGUUUCACACAGAGACUUAAUACAAUAUAUGACGAGAUUGUUAUAAAUUAAUUUAUACAAAUUAUUUAUGAGGUCUGUUGAGUUUUGUCAUAGAAAAGAAAAUGUAUUUUGAAAAAUGCAUUUGCCUUUUGGUGGCGUCAUAUUUUGGGAAUAAAUGUGUGGUGAGGACCAAAAGUGUUUCUGGUAGUAUCACUCACUGUCAUUGAACUUUUUGUAGAAAAUCAUAGUAAAUUUAAUUGGAUCUCCAGUAUUCAUUGAAAUAUAUAGAAUCUUGUCAUAGUAAAUGCCACAGCGUUUGUUUUCUGGUGGUAUUCAAAAAGUGCAAACAAUUUAGGAUAACAGGAAAUGUAGCAACAAUAAAUUUUAUUUUCAUUCAUUUAUUCAAAUUUAAUUUUUGCAAAGUCAUUUAUUUUUAUCCACAUCUACAUACAUCUCUAUAUUACUUAGAAAUUUAACCCUUAAGUACAGUCCUUAUUCUGAAAAAAAGUUCAACAUUCCUUCUUUAGAGAAUUAUUAGCACAGUCACAAAAGUAAAGUAUUUAACAGUGCCUCACCUAAACAUUGAAAUCACUGGGCUUUGGUUUCAAAUUAAUCUUUUUAAAGAGAGUUUUUCUGUUUAAGCUGAAGAACUACCAGUAAUAAUUUUAGGUAUUGCGCAAGAUCAAAAUAGUUAAUUUUCUCAAAAGAACGUAAUAUCCUAAUUUCACAGUUUGUUAAACUUUUAACAUUUGAAUUUGCCCUCCAAUAUAAUUUAGCACCUAGUUGCAAUAAGAGAGAAAAAAUUAAUUGAUGUUCUGUAUAAAAACCAUUACAUCAUUAUUUUGGCAUUUCAGCAAUCACUGUUUUAUGUUCUGAAUUCUAAAAAUGUGAAUUACCUGAUGUUUUUGAUUCCAGAUAUCACUUGUUCUAAUAGAAAAACAAAUGGGUUGUACAGCCUGCUCCACCAAAACACAGUAUAUUUUUCUUUUUCCUUUAAUAAUAUAUGGUUAAAAAGAAACUCAAACUGUCUUCCAAUAAAUGGUUGUCAUAGAGAAAAUAUUUUUAAAUAUUUAAAUUUGUACUACUAUUUAAAGUAAUUUAAAAAAAUGAACAAGCCAAAACUGUUAGGAAACUGAAAAUCGGUUUAUAGUCAUUUAUGAUUUUGUUGACAGUGUUUCAUGUCGUAUACUUACAUACUUUUUGUUUAUUAUUAUUAUACAGUGCACAUAUUUCUUUAUCUCUUCCUAUUUAAGUUAAUGCUCACAAAUGCAUGAUAAUAUCUAUCCUCUAUCUACUACAAACAUGUAGGCUAG